GCAGAGAACAGGAGAUUCAGUUGGCGGAGAUUCUGAAAGGUAUGUGAGUUCUGCUGUUGAGCGCCAAGGAGGUACAGCCAUGAGAAAGUCUUUUCACUAUGCUUCCUUGAGGGUAAAGAGCAAAAAAUGGCCCAAAGGCGGUUCUCUGAACAACAGCAGCCGACGGCGGAUCUCAUGUAAAGAUUUGGGGCACGGUGAUUGCGAAGGCUGGUUAUGGAAGAAGAAAGACGCCAAAGGUUACUUCACCCAGAAGUGGAAAAAAUACUGGUUUGUCCUGAAGGAUUCUUCCCUCUACUGGUAUACUAACCAAAAUGAUGAAAAAGCAGAAGGAUUCAUCAGUUUACCAGAGUUCAGAAUAGACAGAGCAGUUGAAUGCAGAAGGAAACAUGCUUUCAAAGCUUGCCACCCCAAAAUCAAGAGCUUCUACUUUGCAACUGAUUGCCUGGAAGAAAUGAAUCGAUGGAUGAACCGUCUGGGUCUGGCUGCCAUUGGUUACACACCUGAUGACAAGGAAAUCCGGCCAGAUGAAGAUUAUUGGAGUGAAAGCGACCAGGAAGACGUGGACAGCUCCUUAAUGCUGAAGCAAGAGGGACCCAUUGUGCUUUGUGACACCUACCACCGGACCCCCUCAAUGAAUUCUUCAAGUCCAUUCCCUGAGCCCAAGCAUGGCCGUCACUUCUCCAGUGAAUCAACCUAUUCCCAUUCUUCUGCAGAAGAGUCCCGACAGGAUCCGGCAGGGAAUACACACUCUGCAGGAGGCUGUAGACCCCCUUACAGAGAACGACGUUCAUGGCAGGAUCUCAUAGAGACUCCACUGACCAGUUCAGGCCUCCAUUUUCUCCAGACUAUUCCUACUGACUCAGACUACAUGAAUGAGAGAUUUGGGAUGUCCCCGGAGAAGCGGCGACAGGCAACAUUACCUGUCCAAAGACGCCACAACCAUGAUCAGGAUGGUCCUUUCCCAUUGGUCGAGUGCUAUAAAGGUCAGAGUUCUCACCCCAGGCCCCAGAAGCAAAGAAGCCAAAGCCUUCCAAGAAAUCGAGAUGUCCGAGUCAAAGGGCGCGUAAAAACUAGUGGGAUCACUGAAGAGCGGUCAGAAGAGGAACUGGCUAUAAAAAAGCAAAGUAAUUUGUGUAAAGAGGAAAACAUAGAAGAACGAAGGAAGAGCACAGAUGGUCUUUGUGAGCUCUACAAGUCUCUGGAGCAAGCCAGUUUGUCAGCCUUUGGGGAGCAGCGUCCUUCUACCAAGCAGGAAUUCCGAAGGUCCUUUGUAAAGAGAUGCAAUGACCCUGUUAUCAAUGAAAAGUUGCAUCGCAUCAGAGUACUCAAAAGUACUUUAAAAGCAAAAGAAGGGGAUCUGGCCAUGAUCAACAACUUGCUUCACGAGCCUAACUUGACGUCCAAGAAAUUCAAAGAAUGGAAAACUAAGAACUAUGAGUUUUUUCUGGACAUUUGUGAGUACAGCGGUGCUCUGAAAGCCCAGAAUGGAGCUUCUGAACUCGCAAUUACAGCCUCCCUGCUGACCCACACACAUUCCUUCAUUGAAACCCAUGUCUGACAGAACCGGAGAUUGUUGGAGGAGGGUUGGGGAGCAGCAGGGGCGAUCCAUUGUGACAAAACACUGUAACCUGUGUAAAUAAUGUAUCCAGCUAUAUUGUAAAUAGAUUGGAUAAGAAAUUAGUACCACCGGAUGCCUACUGCAUUGCAUGAUGAGACAGAUUUAUUUAUUUUACUCCCCUUUUGGAAUUAUUUUGGGUUGUAUCAAUUCUGCUUCCGUAAGAAACAGUGUAGAAGGGUGAACGGGCAUAAAACAAAGCAAAAUAAAACCAGUAUAUUUAUAACGCCAGUGUACUUAUCAGUACUAAAAGCCAGGAGUGUAGUAAACAGGAUUUUCUCUUUCUUUUAUAUACGUAGAUA